AUGUUUGGUCACAAAACCUCAUUACUCUUCUUCUGUAAAAACCCUCAAUUUCUCUACGAUUUCAAUCGGAAUCUUCGUAAUUCGACGACAUUCAGAUGUGUUUUGGAUCAAAUUGUGCCCAAAUUCGCGGUUUCAUCGUCACUAAGCUCAGUGUUCACCUCGGGGAAUGUUAUUGCUGCGGCUGGUUCUGGGACAGUUCAUGGAGCGGUGACGUCGGCGAUAACACAGGUGGCGGUCACUGCCGUGGCGAUUGCCUCCGGGGCUUGUCUUUCCACCAAGGUCGAUUUUUUGUGGCCUAAAGUGGAGGAGCAACCUGGUUCUCUUAUACUGGAUGGAGUAGAUGUCACUGGGCAUCCCAUAUUUAAUGAUGCAAAGGUACAAAAAGCAAUCUCAUUUGCAAGGAAAGCUCACCAUGGCCAGUUACGAAAGACUGGAGACCCUUACUUGACACACUGUAUUCACACCGGAAAAAUCUUAGCUGCGUUGGUUCCAUCAACUGGGAAACGAGCUGUCGAUACUGUCGUUGCUGGGAUUCUCCAUGAUGUGAUUGAUGAUACAUGUGAAACUUUGGACAGCAUAGAGAGAGAGUUUGACGAUGACAUAGCAAAGUUGGUUGCUGGUGUUUCCAGGUUAAGUAAUAUAAAUCAGCUGUUACGGAGACACCGCAGGAUGAAUGUAAAUCAGGCUACCCUUGGCCAAGAUGAGGCAAAUAAUUUACGAGUGAUGCUGCUGGGCAUGGUUGAUGAUCCACGUGUGGUCCUCAUCAAGCUUGCAGAUCGUCUUCAUAACAUGAGAACCAUCUAUGCUUUGCCCUCAGCCAAAGCCCAAGCUGUUGCAGAUGAAACAUUACUUAUUUGGUGCUCACUUGCUUCCAGAUUGGGUCUGUGGCCCCUAAAAGCUGAACUUGAAGAUUUGUGUUUUGCUGUUCUUCAGCCUCAAAUGUUUCGCCGCAUGCGAACUGAACUGGCUUCAAUGUGGAGCCCCUCCAACAGGGCAAGCAAUCUGAGAAGAGUAUCAGCCAAAACCAGUUUGUUUGCACAAUUGAAUGGAAAAGACUUAGGUUCUGAAUGUGAAGUGUCCACAGCAAUGGAUGAGGAAGACAUAAGCAUGAAGGAUCUUUUGCAGGCUGUACUUCCAUUUUAUGUGUUACUAGAUCGUAGAAAGCGCAUUAAGUUUUCUGAAAGAUUUGGGGCAGGGUCAAAGACUCAAAAAAAACCAAAGGUUGUGAAUGACACUGGCAUUGCUUUAGCAUCUCUCAUUGCUUGUGAGGAAGCGCUCGAGCGGGAGUUAUUCAUAUCAACUUCCUAUGUUCCAGGGAUGGAAGUAACUUUAUCCGGCCGCCCAAAAAACUUGUAUAGUAUUUAUAGUAAGAUGAAACGAAAAGAUGUGGGUAUCAAUAAAGUGUAUGAUGCCCGUGCGUUGAGGGUAAUUGUUGGAGAUAAGAAUGGGACUUUACAUGGACAGGCAGUUCAGUGUUGUUACAGUCUUCUCAACAUUGUCCACAGGCUUUGGACCCCUAUUGAUGGAGAAUUUGAUGAUUACAUCGUUAAUCCAAAACCAAGUGGAUAUCAGUCUUUGCACACUGCAGUACUAGGCCCUGACAAUUCACCUUUGGAAGUUCAAAUAAGAACACAGAGGAUGCACGAGUAUGCUGAACAUGGCCUUGCCGCACAUUGGCUUUACAAAGAAACUGAAAACAAGUUGCCUUCCAAGACAAGCGUGGUUGAUUCUGAAGUAAUUCCAUCCUCAUAUUUCUCCAAUGAAAUGGGUGCUCAAAGUUCGAUUGGAGAUGAUAUCUUUCAGAAGUAUGGUUCUCUAAAAGCAGGGCAUCCAGUCCUCAGAGUGGAAGGAAGUCACUUACUAGCAGCAGUUAUUGUCAGGUUAGAUAAGGGUGGACGAGAAUUGCUUGUUGCUGUGAGCUUUGGACUGGCAGCUUCUGAAGCAGUAGCCGACAGAAGGUCUUCUUACCAAAUAAUACGAUGGGAAGCUUAUGCAAGGUUAUUCAAAAAGGUGUCUGAUGAGUGGUGGUGUGAACCAGGACAUGGUGAUUGGUGUACUUGCCUAGAAAGAUAUACACUUUGUCGAGAUGGUAUCUACCACAAACAAGACCAAUUUCAGCGCCUAUUGCCAACCUUCAUCCAAGUAAUUGACUUGACAGAACAGGAGGAAACUGAAUACUGGGAUGUUAUGUCUGCUGUUUUCGAGGGCAAACAGAUUGCUUCAGUUACGUCUGACACAAGCUGCUUUGAGAGGCCUAGCUUGGACUCAGUUACUUCAACUUCUGUGGAUACAGGCAUCAAUAACAAGGUGCAUCUUCUGAGAACUAUGCUUCAGUGGGAGGAGCAGCUGCGGUCUGAAACAGGUCUUCGGCAACCAAAUCAUAAUGUGAAACGUUUUAGGAACCUCAACUCUCUUUCUCUUGGGGAAGUGGUAAUUGUAUGUUGGCCCCAUGGCGAAAUAAUGAGGUUGAGAACUGGCAGCACUGCUGCAGAUGCAGCUAGAAGAGUUGGACUUGAGGGAAAGCUGGUCUCAAUAAAUGGUCAACUUGUAUUGCCUAACACGGAGCUCAAAGAUGGCGAUGUAGUUGAAGUUAGGGUGUAA